AUGCUUCACCAAGUGCUUGGCAGUCUCUCCCUCGUGCCUCUCCUCGCCGCGCUCGCAUGCCUUGCGCCGUGGACGGCCGUCGCGCUACCCAUGAUCGAUCAAUCGCAGGGCGUGGUGCUGCAGGAGUUGCAGACGAAUUGGCAGCUGCACUACAGAGAGUGGAAGCCCAAUGGCGUCUGCAGCAAUGUGCAAGGCCUGACAUGCAAUCCAAAUGGCACAAUCGCCUCCAUGUCAGUGGUCUGCCAGUCCUCCUCAACAUGGGCCCUUCCUUCUAGCUUCUCCAAGCUUGUUCAGCUCACCAGCCUGCAAUUGAAGAACUGUGGCCUGGGCGCCAAUUCAGGCAGUCUCACGUCGCUGUCUAGCCUGACCAACCUUGUGAACUUGGCGCUGCCGUCCAACCAGAUAUCAACCCUUGGACCUUUGGGGAAUGCUUACUACAGCAAUUUGCAGAACCUGAAUCUGAGCUACAACCCGUUCGGGACCGACAGCCUGUUGAAUUUUAACAAGUUUGCCCUCCUAACAUCGCUGGAUCUGUCAGGCUGCCAGCUCACGAGCGACCACUUUCUGCAAAGAAUCGACCUGCCCAACAUGCUAUACCU